GAAGGAUGCUGGAGUUGUUGAGAAACUCUGAAGAUACGGUUGUGUAAAGUAUUUUCUCGAAAAUUCUUGAAGGAAGAAGGAAAAGGAACGUGGUUCGAUGAAUGAAUUGAAUGGUAAGUAAAAAAAUAAGAGGUAUUUUUUUAGGCAUAGGAUUCUUGACCGCUGCGGAAUGUUGUGUUUAGAGAGUUGAAAGUUGAAACCAUGUUUGGACUCACGAUUUGGACUCAGGGUUGAGCUGUAAUUAAUAACUCUCUCACUUUUGUGAUUCUCUCUCCCUUGUCUUUUUUCAAAACCCAACACACCUACUCACUACUCCCACUCUCUUUACUUUCACACCCGCACGCUCUCGCUCUCUCCCAAAAUGGCUGACAGCGAUUCUAACCCUCCUCCGCCUCCUGUUACCGUUACCGUUACACAUAGCGAAACGGCGAACCCUGAUGUGCCUGCUCUCGCUUUAGCUACAGAAGCUGAACCACUCCGUGAUAACACCGCCAAAGACCUCCCACCUUCCCCGCCACUCCCUCAACCUGAACAACCAGCACCAGAAGAAGACACGUCAGCACCCGAGGCUGUCCAAGCUGACACUUGCCAACCGGAACAGGAAAAGGAUGUGGUUGCAGUUGCAGAGCAGAAUCCCAAUCCCACUCCUCAAGAGCAAGAGCGCAGUGACAAGCUUCCGCAGAAUCUGGUAUCGUUCAAGGAAGAGAGCAAUAGGGUUUCUGAUCUCUCCGAUUCCGAGAAAGCUUCCCUUGAAGAGUUCAAGAAGCUUCUAGCAGAUUCCAUUAAGGAGGACGUUUCCAUAUGGGGAGUCCCUCUCCUCAAGGACGAGAGAACUGACGUCAUCCUCCUCAAGUUCCUCAGAGCCCGCGACUUCAAGGUCACGGACGCAUUCGCCAUGAUCAACAGCACUCUCCGAUGGAGAAAGGACUUCAAAAUCGACGCUCUCCUCGACGAAGAUCUCGGCGAUGACAUGGACAAGGUCGUCUUCAUGCACGGCCACUCCAGAGAGGGCCAUCCUGUCUGCUACAACGUCUACGGCGAGUUCCAGAACAAGGACCUCUAUGAUAAGACCUUCUCCACCGAGGAAAAGAGAAACAACUUCCUCCGGUGGCGGAUUCAGUUCUUGGAGAGGAGUAUUAGGAAGCUUGACUUCACUCCCGGUGGCAUCAAUACCAUUUUUCAAGUUAACGACCUCAAGAAUUCCCCUGGCCCUGCCAAACGGGAGCUUCGUCUUGCCACCAAACAAGCUCUCCAAUUGCUUCAGGAUAACUACCCCGAGUUUGUUGCCAAACAGGUUUUUAUCAAUGCUCCCUGGUGGUAUCUUGCAUUUUAUACCAUGAUCAGUCCAUUCAUGACGCAGAGGACCAAGAGCAAACUUGUGUUUGCAGGGCCAUCCAGGUCUCCUGAUAUCCUUUUCAAGUAUAUUUCCCCGGAGCAAGUGCCAAUUCAGUAUGGAGGCCUAAGUGUAGAUUUCUGUGACUGCAAUCCAGAUUUCAGUAUGUCUGAUCCUGUCACGGAAAUUCCUCUUAAGCCGACCACGAAGCAAACUGUAGAGAUCGCCAUUUAUGAGAAAUGUAUUAUUGUCUGGGAGCUGCGAGUGGUUGGUUGGGAGGUUAGCUAUAGUGCUGAGUUCAAGCCUGAUGCUAAAGAUGGAUAUGCAGUUAUUAUACAGAAGGCCACAAAGAUGUCCCCAACUGAUGAACCUGUUGUUUCCAAUAGCUUUAAAGUUAGUGACCUGGGAAAAUUAUUGCUCACUAUUGACAACUCCACCUUGAAAAAGAAGAGGCUUCUUUACAGGUUCAAGAUCAAACCCUACUCUGACUGAAGUGAUUCUGGGUACAUGGAAAUUGAAGAGUCUGAAAUAUGCAUGUCAUCAUCAUUCGUUUCAGCCCAUUAUUCAUCUAUAAUUUUGGUCGUCAGUUGUUUGGAGUUUUUGAUUUCUGUCUUUUGUUGUAUUUAGUACUUUGUGUUCCAAUCAAACGUUGAGCUAGUUUUAAUUGUUAUUUUAAUAGAGUAGCACGUGAAAAUGGGAUUGAGUUGGUUUAUGGGAUUCUAUAUAUCUACUAGCAUUAUCUGUCACCUUGAUGGGGAAACCAACAUGUAGAGGCUUCGGUAGAAGUUAUCAAUGUAAAAUUUUGUUGUCGUACUUAUCCAGUUUGAAAUUGGUCCAAUUAUAACUUCAGAAUCCUUGUCUGUACAAUGAAGCAUUCUGAAUCCAUAUAUAUGUUACAUAUAUAUUCUUUUUGG